AAACGGCUUCUUCAAAUUAAGCAUGCUAUUAAAUUAAUGGAAGCAACUAUGAGUGCAGAUAAUGAUUAUAUUAUUCGUAAAGAUGCAAUUCGCUUAAAAUCCUUAAUGAUUACAGAAGAAGAAUAG